GUCUUAGAGGCACGUAGACCCAGGGCUAUAAAGUUGGCUGCUUGCUGAGGCGUCUUCAUUUUUGAGCAAACUGAGGAGUGGAUCCUGCGCUGUCGUGUGCUUUCACUGACUCACUAUUACAUUGGACAAUGCUGCGAGUCAGGUGUCUGAGAGGAGGUAGCAGGGGGGCCGAAGCUGCCCAUCUGAUCGGAGCCAUGCUUGGCCGGUCAGUGACUGGAUGGGUGCAGAGGGCCUUCCAGAGCACCUCCAGUGCAGCAGCUGCACAGCCCCACGAUGCAGUUGACCAUGUUACUGAGCUUGUGGAGCAGGAAUGUCCUGUCUGCAGCCACAAUGAAUGGGACCCUCUGGAGGAGGUGAUCGUGGGUCGCGCUGAAAAUGCCCAUGUACCUCCAUUCACCGUGGAAGUGAAAGCUAACACAUAUGAGAAGCAUUGGUCUUUCUAUAUGAAGCAUGGGGGCCAGUCUUUUCCUGCGGACCACUUGAAAAAAGCUGUUGCUGAGAUUGAGGAAAUGUGCAAUAUUCUGCGUCAUGAGGGCGUCAAUGUAAGGAGACCAGAACCCAUCGACUGGUCCAUGGAAUACAAAACUCCAGACUUCACAUCACCAGGCAUGUAUGCGGCCAUGCCCAGAGACAUCCUUCUGGUUGUGGGGAAUGAGAUUAUUGAGGCUCCUAUGGCCUGGAGGGCUCGCUUCUUUGAGUACAGAGCCUACAGACCUUUGAUCAAGGAGUACUUCAGAAACGGUGCUAAAUGGACAACUGCUCCUAAACCCACAAUGGCCGAUGAGCUGUACGAUCUGGACUACCCCAUCCGCACAGUGGAGGACAGACACAAGCUAGCUGCAGAGGGGAAGUUUGUGACCACAGAGCACGAGCCGUGCUUUGAUGCUGCCGACUUCAUCCGGGCUGGGAGGGACAUUUUUGUCCAGAGGAGUCAGGUAACAAAUUACAUGGGUAUUGAGUGGAUGCGCAGACAUCUGGCUCCAGACUACAAAGUCCACACAAUCUCAUUCAAGGAUCCUAACCCCAUGCACAUUGAUGCCACUUUCAACAUCAUUGGACCAGGAUUGGUGCUGUCAAACCCUGAUCGUCCAUGUCACCAGGUUGACAUGUUCCAAAAGGCUGGGUGGACUAUUGUGAAACCUCCGACGCCUGUGAUUCCUGAUGAUCAUCCUCUGUGGAUGUCCUCCAAAUGGCUGUCCAUGAACGUCCUGAUGUUGGAUGAAAAGCGUGUUAUGGUUGACGCAAAUGAAGGCACCAUUCAGAAAAUGUUUGAGAGCCUCGGUAUCAAGACCGUUAAGGUGAAUAUUCGCCAUGCUAACUCCCUGGGGGGUGGCUUCCACUGCUGGACAACUGAUGUCCGCCGCCGCGGUACCCUGCAGUCCUACUUCCACUAGCCUUGCCAGAAAUGGGCAGUUUUUAUUGAGCUUUACAGAUUAAAGCUUCAGUGCAGAGUCUUAGUUUAAUUAUUGAAUCUUCAUUGUCAGUCAAUUGUUUAUGUACACACAAAUCAAAGAUCUGCUGUUGGCAAAUUUCUUUAAAAAGUAUUUGAAAUGUGUGUGUUUAAGUGUCACCUGCUGCAACUCAAAGUCAAAGCAGUGAGCAAUAUAUUAUUCAGACCUGAUUUAUUAUGGAGCAAUCUAAUGACAGGUGGUACCUGUCCCAGACAUGUAUGCAUUGUUUUGAUUUGAUUUGAUUUGACAUUGCUAUGCAUCACAGUGCCUUUGCAAACAGCUUUAUUCAGAUAUACAUUUAUGCUCAAUAGUGACAAAUUAGUGAUUAAAUUAAUCUCAAUAUUAACUGCAUUUCUGGCCUGGCUAUUGUGAAGCUGAAUUGAUUAUGGCUCAUACAUAAAAAUGCCAUAAGUUUAAGGACAAGGUACAAUUUGGUAUGUGAAAGUCAUCAAACAAGGAGGAGUGAAUCUACCUCCUUGAGGAAACGUCAGACAUCAUAAUUCUUUCUUUUUCCAAAGUAUUUUUUUAUUUAAAGCAAUGUAUAAAAGUUUUGAAGUAGGUCAUUAAACAAUAUACAUUUCUUAUCGCUAGUUUAAUAUUUUGUAAAGAUUUGAAUUGAAUGAACAAGACAAGUUUUAUUUAUAUUUUCAUACUCUAUAUUGGAUUACCCAACAAUCAGUGUUUUUAUAUAUUUACUUAAAAAGUAUGCGGUCCAUAUCAGAUAUUGUUUACCUUUUGCCUUUUCUGCUAUUGCAAAUCUGGGCCAGUUAUAUGCUACUUUCACUGAACUGAUUGGUUGCUUUUGUGUGCAAAGCAAAAAUGCCUGAAGAAUGAAAGAUGUUCUGUUGUGAAGAUGCUUUAAAAUGUCCUUUACUGCGUACAGUGGAUACUAAAAUAUAUUAAAAGGCUCUUCAAGCCUGCCUUUGAAUGAAUUCAAAGAAAGCUAUGGCUCAACAGAGGAAUGCAAGUAAUGUUUUGUAUCAUGCAAUGUUAUUAAAUGUAAUUAAAAAUU